AUGUUGAAUUUAUGGGUUCAUCCGGAUCUGUUUCCUAAACAAGAUUUUAUAUUGAAUCCCGAUUUUGUCCCCGGCACAAAACCUGGACAAUUACUAGAAAUUUAUCAUUCUAAUGAAGUGUCUGAUGUUACCAAGCAUUUAAUCGUUAAAGUUGGUCCUUUUGACAAAGAGAAUAUUGGUAAAGAAAGACCGAUUUUACAGGUUUCAUUGGCAAGUCAUAUUGCAAAUGUUUUCGGAUUUAAGACAAGGACUAAUGUACUUGUAAGAGAGGUUGAUGUGGAAUCAGUAGCGGCAGAUUAUGUAGAAUUCUCAUUUAGGGAUCAAUAUAUUGGUAGAAGUGAUAUGUGGCGAUUGAGCAAAAGUCUUUAUCAUACAUGUGUAUAUAUAGGAAAAAGGAUAGAAUUCGCGGGAUGCAUAAGAGCGCAGGUGAAAAAAAUUUUCGUUAAAGGAGUACAAUCAUCUUGCGGGUAUAUCACAGAAAAUACCAAACCAAUAUUUAGAUCGGAAUCGGCAAAGUUAUUUAUCUUUAUACAAAUGUCAAGGGAAAUGUGGGAAUUUGAUGAAGAUGGGGAAUUAUAUUAUGAGAAAGCGAUUGAUGGAUUUUUUACGGAAUUAUUUCAACGUUGGAAAGAUUUGGGCACAAAUCAUGUGGUAUCCAUAGUAUUAUUUACAAGAGCAUUUUAUGAAUAUGAAGACUUAACAAAUGAUCCCGAAUUAAAAAAUGAUAAAACGCUUGAACAAAACCUUGAAGGAAAAUGGUAUAAAGAUUUUUAUAAGGUUAUCAUUGAUUGGGAGACAAGAGCUGAUUGGAGUUUUGCACUUAAAUUACUCAAGCAAGAACUUUUACAAUAUCAACCAAAUAUUUUAUUAAGAGAGAGGAAAACUCCGAAUGGUGAAACGAUCAAGAUUUUAUUAGGAAAAAAUUCUUAUGCUUUUGAAGGAAAUAUAUUAGAGGCUAUCAAUUUAGCAUUAAAUCCGUUUGAUAAGCAUUAUGUUGAUAGAGAUUUGUUACGUACCGGAUUAUCGGUCAUAAUAAUAACUCCGGGAUGUGGUAGAUUUGAAGUUGACAAGAAGCUUUUACGAAUAACUACUGAACGUAUGAUUGAUAAUGGCAUAGGAUUAGACCUCGUUUGCCUUUCAAAAAUUCCUCUUCAUUCCGUUCCAUUAUUUGAAUUUAAAUCACAAGAAUUAUCAAAAGCUCCUCCACCAGAUUGGUGGGAUCAGAACAAUAGAUUUGGUAGUAAAUCUUCCUUAUCCCAAUCAAAAGAUUUAAAGUUAGAAUUAAGAGAUCCUUUAGAUUAUGAUGAAGAUCCAAUCGAUGCAAAUCAUACGUAUUAUAUAACCCCUGAUUGGGUUGAUUGUAGUUUUUAUUCUAGAUAUCAAGAUAAACCUUUUAAGCCUGAUAAAUUUACUACGAGAUGUAAAAUUAUCUUUUGUUCUUUAAAAUCAAAACAAAUCGGAUUUUCUCUUCAACAACAAACACCUCAUGAUUCUUUAAUGGGCCGUUUAAUAGAUUCACGUCGUUCCCAUGAAGAUUUGAUCUCCAUGACUUUAAAGAACAGUUCCAGUGAUUUCUCAAGAAGUUUACCAAAAACAAUCGUCCCCAACAUACUGACUGAUUCCCCUUCCAGAGGAAAUUCUUUUCCUUUAAAAUCGAAUCGUUUAUCUGGUACCAAUCUAAAUUUGAUGGAAGGAAAUACUUUACAUCCCCCGGUGAAUUCAAUGAUAAACAAAGGAUUAUAUUCAAGAUCUCAUUCACAAAUUACAUUUGCGCAUGAUAAUGGUGGUAGUUAUUAUGAUGGAAAUCUUAAGAAUAGCGAGCCAAUCGAAGAAGAUGAAGGUACUUUUUUAACUUCAAGUACCAAACCUAUAUCAAUAAAAUCUUCAUCACGUUACUACCAGAGAGAUUCCCCACAAUCACCAAAGGGAAGUUUUGUCGAUGGAUCUUAUUGCAGUGAAAAAGGAAAAUACUUUUUUAAACAAUCUCCGGGAAAAUUUGUUUUUUCUCGUCAAAACUCACGUCAGACUUUGAUUAACCCUUGUAAUCCUUCAAAAUCUCAACAUCGUCAUGGAAUGAGUAUACACCUUCGUAGGUGGGAACAUGUAUUUCCAAAACUAUUAUCAAUAAAUUCAAUGAAAUGGAAUUCUCUUUGCACUCCCGCUUGCCUUCCUUUGACCACCGAUUAUUGUCCCCCAUUUAAUGAACUUGGAGCAUAUGAAGAACAUUUUUAUACGAACUCUCUUGAUUCAGAUGUUUUCACAAUGACUCAAGAAAAUAAUAAUAAUAUCACGGAAGAAAGAAAAAUGGAAGUUUUAUUAAACGAAAUGAUCUCCCAACGUUUAUCUCAAGGAUAUCAAUUGAUCGUUUCAAAUAGUUGCAACGUUGAUAACACUUCAAAUGUCGUCAAUGUUUCGGAUCACUUUUCAAGGAGUCCUGAUACCAAAUCACAAAUUAGGAAAGAUCAAUCAUUCUCAACAUCAAAUCAAUAUUAUCUAAGUAUGGGACGUCACGUUCAUCAAUUGACUUAUGAUCCUUCAGGGCUAGUCAUUGCGGUCAAAAGAUACGUACGAAAGAUUCAAUACGGAGCAAGUCCAAUUCCAUAUACUUGUGUUGUUUGGCCUAAAUGUCAAAAAUCUUAUGAACCUAGAAAUGUUAAGUUUAUUUAUCCACAUAUAGAUUAUAAAUGGAAUUAUGUGGACCAAUUGGCUUGUGGAUAUCAGGAUGAUCUUUUAGAACCCUUAAAAUUCUGGAGGACAAGAUUCAUUUUAAUUCCAACGGAAACUGUUCCUGUUAGUCAAUUAAAAACGGGAAAUGAACAAUUUGAUGAGGAGGAAGUUCGAAUAAAUGGUGUUUAUAAAUUCCUUGAACUUUUUGAUAAAGCCCUUUCGCAUGACAAAUCGGAAUCUAAUGUUGACAAGAAAGAAUGUCAAACUCCGCAAUUAAAACCUACAACCGAUGAUCUAUCAAUGUUUGUUAUUACUCCUGAAGGGUUAUAUCCAAGAAGAACUUCAGUACAUCCAACUGAUGAGAGACUUACAAAAGAUUCUAGGUUAGAAAAGAUUGCUCAUGCAAUGAUGAAUCCUGCAACUGGGAUCGUUAAGGAUCGUCGAUGGCGUUUCAGGUCAUAUCAAAAUGCGAUUAUUGGAAACGAAUUUGUUGAUUGGUUAUUAAAUAAAUUUCCGGAUAUUGAGACUCGAGCUGACGCUGUUGCAUUCGGUAAUGAUCUAUUAGAAAGAGGAUUAUAUGAACAUUGUACAAGGAGGCAUCGAUUUUUAGAUGGAUAUUAUUUUUAUCAAAUUAAAGAAGAAUACGCACCUAGAAGACAUACUAAAGGAUGGUUUGGAACUUCCAAGACAAAGAAUACGACAAAAGAUUCUGAAAAAGCCGAAGAAACCACUGCCACCACUUCAAACCAAUUAAGAAAACCACCAAAAAUUGAAUUCACAAAAUCCAUGCGCAUUGAUAUUGAUCCGGCAAAGAAGAGUGAUAGAAGAGAAACGGCAAUAUUACAUUAUGACGUUAUUUAUAAUGUGGAAAAUUGUUAUCAUUUCCAAUUAAAUUGGCUCGGAUGUACAGCAAGAUUUAUUGAGGAAUUGUUACAACAAUGGAGCAGAAAUGCUGACAAGUAUGGGUUGAAAUUGGUUGAAGCACCCGUUGAACAAGCGAUGAGUUUAACAGAUAAUAAUCCAUUUCAAUCCCCAACAUCAAUAAAAUUAUCGGUUUUACCGCCUACAUUAGAAAAAUUGGGAAAGAAAUUAAGCCCUGAAAUUAAUCCUAAUUUAUACUUUGAAAUUCAAUUAGUUAAACAUUUUAAAUUUAUAUUGGAUGUUGAAGCUGAUAAUCGAUUUCCAAAAGAAGUUGAAAUCAUUUAUUCUUAUCAUAAAACUCCUUAUAAAUAUUCUCAAUACAUUCAUAGGUCUGGUGUCGCUUUUAUACAAAUCUGUGAUCCCGGAGAAGGAUUCCUAUGGAUUAACAAUAGAUUAUAUACUACUCAUACGUCGUCCACUUUAUCUGCCAAUAAAAACCCUUAUAAUUUUGCUCAUAAUCCUGAUCAGUUAUUAAUGGAAUUCCAAAAUUUUUGUAAUAAUGAAGCAGCUUUAAAAAAAUUUUGGGAUGAUGUUGCCAACAGUAUAGAAGAUUAUAAACCUCAAGGCGAUUUUAACGAAGGGGAAGAAACAACGACAGAUGGUUUGCAAACUCCUAAUAUUAUAGAAAAUCAAUGCUCGGAUAUUAAAUUAAAAGAAAAAGAUGGUUUUGAUAAUUAA